CGAGGACCAUAGGAAUCGCCGUUGCAAUUCCCAGCGAGCAAAGGCAGGAGGUCGGUCAUGAACGACGGGAAAGCAGCCGUUCGAGGAGAGAGAGUCGGGAGGCCAGCCAUGAUCGUCGGGAAACCACAAGAGCAGCCCCGCAAGAUUACGCAAAGGUGGCGAAACAGGUGCGAGUGUGGAGUUUCCGGUACGACGGGCACGAAAAGCCGUUGGAAUUCCUGGAGCAGCUGGAAUGGUCAGCAAUGACGUAUGGGCUGGGCAUCAACCAGAUCGCACGAGCGAUGCUUGAGCUGCUAAAGGGCAGGGCCUUAAAGUGGUUCAUUGCCAACAACAGGUUCUGGGAGACAUGGGCAGGGUUCAUUCAGAGCUUCCAGGAAUUCUUCCCACCCAGAGGCUUCAUGUAGAAUGCUUCACGGACUACAUGGUGGACAUGCAGACUCUCAUGAGGCCCUUGGGGUUGUCGCAGAGAGACACACUGGAGCGGGUAAAAGAAAACAGCACCCCAGCCCUGCGCAAGUUUGUUCGUCCGUACGAGUGCCGGAACCUGGACGCCCUGAUGGCCCUGGCCGACGAGUUUGAAGAGCUGGACAUCCAAAGGGAACGGUUCGAGUUGGAGCGGAAUCACAGGGCUCGAUACCAGCGGUAUUUCCCAAGAGGGGAGCAGAACGCGGUGUGCAGGAGGUGCCAGGAGGAAACCACGGGUCCGUCGAGGCACGACACCAACGGGCGGGAGGAGGGUAUUAAGCCCAGCGCAAGCCUGCCUGGCACCAACAGACGAGAACGAGGUGAGGCUCUUGCUGCCGCAAGUUGGCCUCCGGGGCGCUCGGGUCCAGGGCCAGCCACCGCAGAGCAUGAAGGGGCUCGAUCGAUAGGGAACAAAAAUACUGGAUACACAUAGAUAUUCAACACGUUGUCACACUAUUGGCAACAAUCAGUACAACAUGGCAACCCCAGGAAUAUCGGCAUAAACAGGAAGUGGCAACGCCGGCCAUCAAAUCGAUAACUCGAUCGUGGUGAGGUUCGGUGGAGUUGCCAGACACGAAAGGGUGUGGAAUUCAAAAGGAGGCGGGAAGUUUAAAUACAGAGCUGCUGACGAGCAGCAGAUGAAGGAAAUUGGAGAAGGGCGCGAGGAUGUUCGAGAUGCCAAGUCAAAACGCAAAACGAGGGGGUCUACUAGGCUGAGACUGCCAGGCUGAGAACAAAAGGCGCAGGAUAGACGAAAAGAGAGACGAGGGAACUGCCUAUGCGAGGAGACACCUAAGCGGAGGACCGCCGGAAGCUCCAUCUUUUCAAAAACUUCUGAAGAAAGGGGGAGAUGUGAGAAGUCUUAAAACUCCUCACAAAUCGAGGUGAAGGGAAGCUGCCUGGCAACAGCGAAGAAGGCUGGAAAGCAGGAGUCAAGGUCAACCUGGUCAAACGGGAAAUAUGUGGACCUUGCACCCGAGCGAAGCGGAGAGACC